GGCGUCGUUAAAAGGAAGUCAUUUUGUUCAGCAAAAGGUCGGGGUUUUUCUGCAAGAAGCAGUGCUGGCCUACUUGGGGUGGUGAGACCCAGCUACUUCCCCCAGUUCACCUGGUAGUUUCAACGUGUGGUGGCUAUUCCACACACCCCCUAAUCCUCCGUAAUCCUUUUCCCUCCCUCCCUGAAAUUGCAAAUAAUUUCACAAUCAAUUUCAUUUCCCCUUCCCCACUUUCCCACAUGCCAAACACAUUUACGAUACAUAUACCACUUCCCAUCGUGUUGAAUUAUCAUAACCCACAUGAUUCUUCCGGCGGAAGAGCUUCGCUGUAAGAAGAAGAACUGUGUCUUAGCUCUAUUAUAGGCUUCAACGUCCUACCCAAACCCAAAUUGAUAGAUUUCCUCAUGUUCAUGUGGUUUUCUUUCUAAUCUCCAAUCCCGGCUUCUAAGGCCCAAAAAACGAGGGCAGAAAACGCUUUGCCUGUUGUGGGUUUUCUGUAUUUUAUGAUUUCAUGGCUUCUUCAAUGCUCAAUGGAGCUGAGAAUCUUAGUAUCACCAGAAGCCUAGCUCCAAAUGGGUUGUUUUUUCUGCGGUCGGAUCUCCAUGGUAAGUUUUCUCCAAAGAAGGGUUUGGUUUCAUAUGGUAGGAAUUCCAAGACCAGAACCUCAUCACCCAAGUGCAGUUUGUCUGCCUCAAGGCCUGCCUCUCAGGCUAGGUUCAUACAGCACAAAAAAGAGGCAUUUUGGUUCUAUAGGUUUUUGUCAAUGGUGUAUGACCAUGUCAUAAACCCUGGCCAUUGGACUGAGGAUAUGCGCGACGAUGCGCUCGAGCCUGCUGACCUCUAUGAUCGGAAUAUGAGAGUGGUGGAUGUGGGUGGGGGAACCGGGUUCACCACUCUGGGCAUAGUUAAGCAUGUUGAUGCCAAAAAUGUGACAAUUCUGGACCAGUCUCCUCACCAGCUUGCCAAGGCCAAGCAGAAGGAGCCCUUGAAAGAUUGCAAGAUAAUUGAAGGGGAUGCAGAGGAUCUCCCAUUCCCCACUGACUAUUUUGAUAGAUACAUUUCUGCUGGAAGUAUUGAGUACUGGCCUGAUCCACAGCGUGGCAUUAAGGAAGCAUACAGGGUACUGAAAAUUGGAGCAAAAGCCUGUAUAAUUGGUCCCGUGUACCCAACCUUUUGGUUGUCUUGCUUUUUUGCUGAUGUGUGGAUGCUCUUUCCAAAGGAGGAGGAGUACAUUGAGUGGUUUCAAAAGGCUGGUUUCAAAGAUAUAAAACUGAAAAGGAUUGGUCCAAAAUGGUAUCGUGGUGUCCGUCGGCAUGGUUUGAUUAUGGGUUGCUCUGUGACAGGUGUGAAGCCUUUAUCGGGAGACUCUCCCCUCCAGCUUGGUCCUAAGGCAGAGGAUGUGAGUAAGCCUGUGAAUCCAUUUGUGUUCCUUCUGCGGUUUGUUCUUGGUGCAAUGGCAGCAGCUUACUUUGUGCUUGUUCCAAUUUACAUGUGGCUCAAAGAUCAAAUUUUCCUAAAGGGUAGACCUAUCUGAAAGAGAUAGAAUGGGAAGUGGUCUGCCAAUCUCUGAAGAGACUGCCUCUUCUUGUUCACUGAUUAUUGUGCAUUCUUUUCUUUAAUAAGGGAUUGUAUGCAACAGGGCAAGCCGUCUUUGACUCCUACAUGUGGCAUUGUAACUCUUUUGCUGGAAAAAAAAUGUCCUGAAGUUUACAGGGUUGAUAAGGUCGUUAGACAA